AUGAAUUUCACACGACACACUUUAUAUUUCUCCUUUGUCUACAAGGUGAACAGCUUAGCUUACAGCACAACGUGUUUGCCACCAAUCAGCGGCGGCGGCGGCAACCACUCGGCCGCAGGGGUCAAGCAGCUUGCCCUCGACGUGACAUUCCCUUGCGAGGACGUCACCGCCAAAGUCCACUACGACGCCUUCGAGGCCUCCAUCCUGUAG